AUGGUGAUAGGAAGGAGGCAAAAGUGGCCGACGGUGAAGAAGAAGGAGAAGGAAGUUGGGUUGAUCGAUGGUGGCGAUCUUCUUUGGGCGUUGGUCGAUGGAACUCUCCAUUAUGGUGAUGGCGGUAAGAAGAAAUUAGUUCUCAAAGUCGGUGCUCGUCUUGAUAACAGAUCUGAACGCACUUAUACUCACAGGGGGUUAGAAAUGGGUUCUUCAGACGAUGAUUACGACGACCCAUUUGCUGGAAUUUACGAGGCAUUUUCUGGGUUAAAUGAGAUGGAUUUUGAGCUGCAUGGGAUUUACAUGGAUCAUGAACCACGACAGGAGUUUGUAUCAAGGCUUGAUAAAUGUAAGGAUCAUUUUCUUAACAUUCUACUUUGUGAUGCGAACAUCAAAAAUGCAAGUAUGACUGAUGAGGUGAAAGAUCGAGUGGACCAUGGUAAUGAUUUGCAAAACGAUGAGGAGGCAGAGGAAGAAGUGAUGAACAACUACAUAAUACAUGAUCCAAAUGUUAGGUUUUCCUUUAUGAAUGAUGAAUGCGGUAAAUGGAAAGGUAAUAUAUGUCCAUAUGGGAUUAAGAAGUUGAAUCUUUUUGGAAAGAACUUUAGGCUUUGGUUAGUAGUGCAUAGCGUAGGAAAUGUAUUUGAAGUGAGAAGAGCAUGUGCUAGUUACAAGGUAGAUUUGGAUGGUAGGGAAUGCUACUCUACAAACAUCAGUCCUGUGAAUGGAAGUAAUAUGUGGCCUCCAACUGGAUACAACAAGCAUUUGCCACCUGUUGGUAGGAAAAUGCCUGGUAGGCCUAGAACCAAGAGAAGGAGGCAUACAAGUGAGAAAGAGAGUUGCAAGAAUGAAAAAAAUAUACCAAUUCCUAUGCCACCAAAGAAGAUUGGGAGGCCUAGGAAAUGUGAUGUAGCUGGAUCCAACCCACAUGUUUCUGGAUCCAAUCAACAUGCCAGUCAACCACCUGUGACAUCAACUAUACCCACUCUACCUAGUCAACAGGACAGUCUACAUGCUUUAAGUUCUAACACUAGCAAGAAAAUAAGGAAAUUAGGUUUAAGAGGCCCAAGUUUCAGAGUUGGUGACAUUGCAUCUGUGGGUAGUCAGUCAAGUGAAGAUAAAGUCAACAACCAAGUUCCAAUUGUUAAUGAUAUUCCAAAUGAGGUUGCUCAAGCUCCUGCUGUUAAUGAUAUUCCUUUGGUGAAUGAGGUGAUAGAAGAGGCAGAAACGGAGGUGUCAGUGAAGGUGCCAAAGCCAGUUGUUAAUCAAGUUCAUUUGGUCAAUAACCAAGUUCCAGAUGUUAAUGAUAUUCCAAAUAAUGUUGCUCAAGUUCCUGCUGUAAAUGAUGUUCCGUUGGUGAAUGAGGUGAUAGAAGAGGAAGAUGACAUUAUGGUGCUAGAAGAAGAAGAAGCAGUUGAUGUUCCAGUAAAGGUUGCCCAAGAUCUAAAACAGAGUCUUGAUGAAGUUAGAGAUGCAAUUAAUCAAAUUCUUUGUUAUGGAAAUACAUCAGAUGCAUCUGAUGUUCCAUUGGUGAAUAAAGGUGGUGUAGAACCUGAAUUCACUAAAGGACAUGCAUCAGAUGUUCUCCCAGAUAAAAUCAAGAUAAGUGUUGAAGAAAUAGCAGAUUUACUUGAAGCAGGAUAUUCCAUGGCUGAAAUUUAA